GCUGAACAAUAUGAACUUUCGUUUAAAGUGUGGCAAUGUGGUGGCGUUGUCGAAUGGGUACCUUGUUCACAUGUUGCGCAUGCCUAUCGAGGUCCUCGGAGUCAUCCAUCGUAUGUCCCUGGAGCAAGUCCAUAUCAAACCUCAAUAAAUCAUUUACGUGUAGCUCAUGUAUGGAUGGAUGAAUAUGCUGAAUAUUAUUAUAGACGUGAGCCAGCUAUUCGUAAUUUAAAAUUUGGUG